AUGGCUAUUUCGAAGAUAAUCGCCAAUCCCUUCAGAAAGAAUGACAACCGCGUGAAGCGACAUACGCAUAACACCAAAUGGGUAGCUGAUAGGGAUAAGAUGAUAAGAAAGCAAACAGGCUCCAAAGCUCGUUUGGAGCAAUUCUCAAAAUCACCUUUGAGCCGCAAGAAUCAAGAGGCGUUUUAUUCCAGUGACUCAGAAGCUCAUACUCUUUCUCUGGAGGAACUCCAAGUUGGAAUUGAGAAGACAAACAUCUCUGACAGUUCUAUAACAAGGUAUCGCUCUGGAAAGAACAUGUACAACUCCAGAUUGAAAGGCGAAAACCAAGCAAUAUCGACGGCAUGGAAGUCUUGUCAACAACCACAUAGUGAAGGCAUCCUUGAUCAAUAUACUGAUCAGAACGCAUCGAGCCUGUAUCAAAUGCUUCCGGAAUCCGAUAGUUCGCUGCAUUCACACCGCCAUGCAGUGGUUUUUUCAGUAUUCCCGCCAGAAACAACUCAUAGAUACCAUGAGAAAAAUGAAAAAGAGACUAGAAACAAGCACGCAAGAAAAGACGUUGGAAUCUUACAGUUCUACGCUGAACUACCUACAUCUAUUGAAAAAUGUAUGACGCAAUCUGUUGAUGUGAACAAGCCUCUACCCCCGGUACCGCGCAUCAAACCAGCACCAAAGCCGAUCCGAACGGCAGGUCUUCCUUCUUCACCUCAACCCGCCGCACACCUCAAAAAUAUCAAAACAUCGUCCAAGAAACCCCAGUACAAGAAUGAAGCGAGUCCUCAAUGGUGGGCAAGACCUCGCCUGAAAAUCCCUCAAGCAACCCUGAAAUCCAAAAUUUCAUUCCCAGACCUACUCAUAGCUUCUAAAAGCGGCUCAAUUACGAACACUUCUGCAGAUACUGUCUACAUCCCAAUUAAACACACCGACGCCCUACUACCUCCAUCGCCAUCUGAAAUAACAUUCAGUUCAAAGCACACCGUAAAGAAAAUACCGCCAUCGCCUUUGCACGCUCCAGCGUAUGGUCCCACAUGUCCAACUAACACCGCAGAUAUUAAGGUAAAAAGAAAAGCAAUUGCGAUACGAGACCAUAUGCCCCCAACACACUGGCACGAUGCUUUUGUAGAAUCUGCAUGUGGUGCUAGUAAGUUCAUCAAACAGAGUGCGAAGGAGAAGUUGGAUGGAGUAGUGCAUGUGAGUCGAAGAAGAAAAGGCUCGGAUGUCAGCUUUAUGUGUCGGGGUGUAGGGAAAGGAGGGCUUGAUGCGUGCGACUAG